AUUUGACUCGUCAGGAAGGAAACUGUCCAAUCAGAGAGCGAGUUUGACCAAUCACCAGCCUGCUCUGGUCGCCCACCGAUGACGCAAUUCAAGCGUGCCUGAGAGCGGAGGAUGUGGAGGCCCCUCUCCAGAGUCUUUGCUUCUGUAGAAACUGAAAGAAACCUCAAAGCUGCCGCUGUUCUCCGUGGUCUCUGCUCUGCAGCCUCAGCCUCAGCCUGUUCUGGCUUUUCUAUGGAGCCUAAACUGUACAGGCCCUCUCCAAAGGUCCGGGGUAUGACCUCUCUGGACAAAGAGGCCUUCACACAGACCAUCACUGUCCCGGCUCUACGGGUGCCCAAUGGGGUCUUACACAGUGUGGUAAAGAGCCUAAAAAAGGCGGCCAUCCAGCGCCCAGGGGUGCCCAGAGUCGUGCAGGAUAAAGAAGAGAGUUGUGACUUUCGUUUAGUCCUGUUGGACCCCCACAGAAUCUCCUCGCCAAGCUCCUUCAGUGAAGCUGAAUCAGAGGCUCUGAGGUCAUUCGGUGUCAUCCAGGAGCUGCAGCAGUAUGAGCUGCGGCUCACCUAUCACAACCUGAAGAGUGAAGAAGUGCUGGAGGCUGUGCUCCCUCAGGGUCAGGACGUGCCCUCAGGGUUCAGCCGGGUGGGGCACAUCGCACACAUGAACCUGAGGGAGCACCAGCUCCCAUACAAGAACCUCAUAGGUCAAGUCAUCAUGGACAAAAACCCCGGUGUUACCUGCGUGGUCAAUAAAACAAACAUGAUUGACUCAACCUACCGCAACUUCAAGAUGGAGAUGCUGGCUGGAGAGGAGAACAUGGUCGCCAAAGUGAAAGAAAACGGGGUGACAUACGAGUUUGAUUUUUCUUGUGUAUACUGGAAUCCCCGGCUGAGCACAGAGCACCAGCGUGUGGUGCAGCUCGUGGAACGUGGUGACACUGUGUUCGAUGUGUUUGCCGGCGUCGGACCCUUUGCCGUCCCGGCUGCCCGCUCCGGUGCCAACGUCUUGGCCAACGAUCUCAACCCAGAGUCCCAUCGAUGGCUGCAGCACAACUGCAAACUCAACAAGGUGGAGAAGAAAGUCCGCACCUUUAACCUGGACGGCAGAGCGUUCAUCCAGGGGCCCGUGAAGCAGGAGCUGCCUGCGUUACUAAAGGGAAAAAACAAUGUUCACAUAGUGAUGAACCUGCCUGCCUUGGCUCUGGAGUUCCUGGAUGCAUUCAGAGGCCUGUUGCAGCAGGAGCCGUCCUGUGACGAGAACCUACCCAUAGUGCACUGCUACGGCUUCUCUAAAGAGGACAACCCAGAGACGGAUGUGGUGGAGAGGGCUUCCGGCAGACUCGGGUUCCCCCUGAAAGACCGAUGUUCUGUGCAUUUUGUGCGUAAUGUAGCGCCCAACAAAGAUAUGAUGUGUGUGAGUUUCACUCUCCCUAAAGAGGUCCUCUUCAGCGGUGAUCACGAACAGACAGAGCUUCUUUCAGAAGAACCUGCUCCAAAGAGACAGAAGUGUGAAGAAGCUAAUGAGUCGACGUAAUCAUCACAUCGACUCCCCACUGAGGAACGCAAGGACACAUUUGAUUUGAGAAUUUUUUAUUUUAUUUUUAUUCACAUAGAGUUAAACUGAUGCUAUUAUUACAAAUGUUGCAUCGUGUCAUAAGAAACCAUGACCCAGCUUUACUUCAAUACGAGACUUCCUUUUGUGCGUACUAGAAUGUAUUAGUUAUUAUUAUUCAGAGCUUGACCUGACGCCUUAAAUUGUUUCACUUUCAAAUAAAUCUAUAAAAUAAUUGACAACU